GGAGGGGCGUUAAAUAACUAUAGAAUCGGUUUGGGCGUUUAUAAUUUCACGAGCACUCUAUACUGUUCAGUCCAACUGGAAUGAUCAAUACGUAAGAAGUAAUUCAAAUGAUUUUGGGAGAAUUUAGUCAUACACAAGAACAAGAUUUUAAUUCGCAGUUUUCUUAUUUCCCUUUCUUUUUGGAUCCUACCAACAUCCCGCAAUAAGAAGGGUUUGCCCCACGUUUGAAUUAGUGAACCUGACACUUUCCCUGAACAUUUAAUCGCUUGUUCUUCCUAAAACUCCUCAGGAUUACUUUGCACUCAUCGUGAAUCGGGAUAGCAGUUUACAAUCAAAGAUGUACCGAAACUUUGGGAACUUGGGCCGAGGAGGCAGCGACUCUGCGUCCACCAAUACCGGAUCGAGUGCUGUAUCCCAGGGCACCAGCACUACUCAACAAGAUCAGAAGUUCACUGUGGCAGGUGGAAGCCAGUUUGUCCCCAGUCUCAAUGCCAUCACUUCCAACCAAGACCUCCAGUGGUUGGUCCAGCCCUCCUUCAUUGGUCCAGCUGGCCCCUCGCGGCCCCCACGUCCUCUUUACUCACCUGCAGCAGGAAUGAGGCCCUUCAACCCUUCACCUUCCCAACCACACCUCUACAGACCAGGGGUCAUAAGGGCAGUGACAAGAUCCGGGAGCACAACCAGACGCAGGAACGAUGAACAUUUGUCCCCAGAGGAGUUGGAGCGACGCAGAAUAAGGAGGGAGCGAAACAAACAGGCAGCUGCCAAGUGUCGUAACCGUCGACGGGAGCUCACAGACACGCUGCAAAUCGAGACAGAUGAGUUGGAAGAUAAAAAGUCCUGUCUGCAGAAAGAGAUUGCUGAACUAGAGAAGGAGAAAGAAAAGCUAGAGUUGGUUCUGGAGGCCCACCGCCCCAUUUGCAAAAUCCAAGACUCCGACUCAGAUUCUGACCAGAGCUCAGAGCUUCCCUCAUUGGGAGGUAUCAAAAUUGAGCCUGAGCUUCCUGACCUACCAGGGAGCUCAGCAAAGAGCCAAUCAAGGAUAGAGAAGCCCAAACCAAAAAUUACUAUCCCUGUCCGUCCUGUGACCUCCUCUGCCUCUGCUGUCCCCAUGGAAUCUGAGUCCCUUCACACCCCAAUUCUUAUUUCUACUCCAUCUCUUACUCCUUUCACGGCUAGUCUGGUCUUCAGUUAUCCUUCUGGCUCUCUAGACUCCAGUUCCACUAUUUCAUCCCAGGCUCUCCCGACUCUGUUAUCUUCCUCUCAACAUGGUGUGGCCCAGCAGUCUCGAAACCCCCAGCCCUGUAGUAUUGCCCAUCGCCGUAGCAGCAGCAGUGGGGACCAAUCAGAUCACUCCCUAAACUCCCCUACCAUCAUCACACUGUGAUUUAACUGGCUUCCUUGGUGGGAAAGACUGAGUGACAACACUGACGGUUAUGAAGAUGAAGAAAAUUAUGACAUAGGUGACUUUAAUAACGACAGUAAUUAUACGCUAAAUGCAGCUGGUCUACUUCAUUUCCUCUGUGCCUACACUUUCCAAAUAGCCCCUACACACUAAAUGCACACAAAAGCUAAAAUACUGAUUCUCACAAAAAGCAUUAUGGUGAUGCGAAUGACUCAUAUUUAAAGGGUUGUAUUGUUACACUUUUUUUUGUUUUCACCGAUGUAUAUAACUUCUGACAACCUAUAUUUGUUAUGCUCAAAACACAAGAUGUAGAACUGUGCAAAUGUGCAAACAAAAAUGUAUUAACUCUGUGUACUUUGGCAAUAAUGGUGAUAUAUUUAAGAGGGUGAGGGGGUGUGGUAUAUGGCCAAUAUACCACGGCUAAGGGCUGUGGCAUAUUGGUAAUAUACCACAAAUACCUGAGGUGCCUUAUUGCUAUUAUAAACUGGUUACCAAUUUAAUUAGAGCAGUAAAAAUAAAUGUUUGUCAUACCUGUGGUAUAUGGUCUGAUAUACCAUGGUUUUCAGCAUACAGGGCUCGAACCACCCAGUUUGUAAUGUAGGAACCACAUCAUGGUAGUGCAUGGUAAUAAACACUGUGGGUUUGUUUGAGGGUAAAUAUAUGUGCAUGCCAGGUAAACUUUCAUGUGAGCUAGCUAUCUUUUAUAUAAAAGAUGCAUACAUCUACUUCUCAUAUUGUACGUUUAGUACAAUAUAAUUUAUUUAAUUUAUGAAAAACUGCAUUAUUUGGGGAAAAUUUGAAAGACAACUAAGGCAGGACCAUGAGAGUAAAUAUAGAAUAUAUAGACAUGUAUUUAUUGAGAGUGUAGUAUAUUUUUUUAUAGUGUGUCUCUUUUGACUGAUGUGUGGGUCAGUGCAGUGGGCAGUGCCUUCACUUAAAUGUGUUCAUAGACAACGGUACAAUAAAUACAUUUUUUUAAAGACAA